UUGAUCAACAAAGUUCCCUUUCUAUUAUCGCCGGCCUUGCACAACAUUGUACCACCAAACAUAAAUAAAUAUUACAUACGUCACCAACGAAUUACAGCACCGAAUAAUGUUAACUUUCCCUCUCUGUCCAAAACCCACCACCUUGAACUCUCUCUGAUACUUGUUUCAUCAAGAUGAAUGACCUUCUCACGGAUUCAUUCGUCGGGGAUGCCAAAGGCAGUCCUCUGAGAGAACCUGAUAUUGAGAUGGGCACCCAGUAUCCCAGGAGUAACUCGGAUGUGGGAAUGGAAGGAUUUAAUAAGCAGGUACAAGAGGUUGAGAAACAGGUGGAUAAACUGUCUGGUUUACUUACAAAACUUAAGGAUGCCAAUGAGGAAUCAAAAUCAGUUACAAAAGCAUCUGCCAUGAAAGCUAUCAGGAAGCGUAUGGAGAAAGAUGUUGAUGAAGUGGGAAAGAUAGCACGGAAUGUGAAAGCAAAAAUUGAAGCAAUAAAUAAAGAUAACUUAGCCAAUCGACAGAAGCCCGGGUGUGAAAAAGGGACAGCUGUUGAUAGGUCAAGGAUGAACAUGACAAAUUCCUUGACGAAAAAGUUUAAAGAACUGAUGAUAGCAUUUCAGACCUUGAGACAGAAGAUAGACGAGGAAUAUCGUGAGGUGGUGGAAAGAAGGGUGAUCACAGUCACUGGAAGUAGACCAGAUGAAGAGACAAUCAACAACCUUAUUGAAACUGGAAACAGUGAACAAAUAUUCCAGAAGGCUAUCCAAGAAACAGGACGCGGGGAGGUAAUAUUUCUGCUCUAUUUUAAGUUUUAUGUAUCUUUUUUCUAAUCCCUCAAUUCGAAUUUACAAAUUGCACGA